AUGGGUCGUCGACAUGCUUACGUUAUUGAUGCUGCCACGACCGUCUCCCCACUUCGGGCUGGCCCCACCCCAGACCCCUCCUCCAACCGCGCGUAUCGCGGCAGCAUCAGCCGGUGCUCCCCGUUGGCGCCCACGGCAGGCGGCGGGCAGCGGCAGGCGCGGGACCAGGGGAAGCAGCAGCAACAGCAGCAGCAGCAGCAGCAGCAGCAGCAAGUGCAGUACACGCGGCGGAGCACUAGCCGCACCGCCAGCAGCAGCAGUGGCAGCAGUGGCGGCAGCAGUGGCAGCGGUGGCACGCACCCCUCGGGCAGUAAGGACUGGGGGAGCCAUGGCACGGAUGGGUGUGAGCGCGGGGGGAAGCAGGAGCAUGUGCUGAGAACCGGGUACACUCGGAGGUGCGGCGGAACGGUUGGGUCCGAUGUUGUGGUUGGGAUGGGAAUGGCAGAAGGGAAGGAGAGGGUAGAGAACGAAGGGCUGAUCCUGGCCCUUGGUUGCGUUGAUGCGGGUGGUGCGGGGAAUGGGAGUGGCGUGCAGGUGCAGAGUCGUGGCAGGGGAGGCGGUGCUGCCAGGGGGCGGAAACGGAAGAGUGCAGCAAAGACGACAUGGGGAAGGGGGAAGAAGGCGAGGAGCGCAAGACAGAAGUGCCGCAGCAGUGGAGGCAGCAGCGAUGGGUCAGAUGCUGGGGAGGAGGAUGAGGAUGCUGGCAGCGAGGAAGAUGGGGAGAGGGAUGAGGUGGAUGGGAAGCAGGAGGCGGCGCACAAGGAGAGGGAUGUGGGCGAGGAGGACGAUGGGGAGAGGGGUGAGGAGGAUGGGACUCAAGAGGAAGGCGAGGAGGACAGGGAGGGGGACGAGGAGGACAGGGAGGGGGAUGAGGACGAUGAGAAGGCGGUGGCACAAGUGAAGCACAUGCUGAAGCUGUACAGCCUGUUCAACCGCCGGGCCAUCAAGACGGAGGAUGACCGCGUGACCAAGGAGCGCAGGAGGCUGGGGUUGAUGGGCCCCAACGAGGAGCCGAUACCCAAGAGCAAGCUCAAGGGGAAGGCCAAGAACGUGCGCGUUCCCAGCAAGCGUCCGGACCUCGUUGCCCUCAAAGUGAUGCUGGAAAAGGGGUUCCUGCAGAAGACGAGAACUGUUGGGGCCAUUCCAGGUGUGCGUGUGGGUGAUCGCUUCUUUGCUCGAGCCGAAAUGGUUGCGGUGGGCUUGCACAGGCACUGGCUCAACGGCAUUGACAUCAUUCCUCAACCCGAGAGCCCGUAUGACAAGUCCAUCGCGGUGGCCGUGGUGGUCUCUGGAGGCUACGAGGACGACGAGGACGAGGCGAGCCGCAUUUGGUACACGGGGCAGGGCGGCAACGACCUUCUGGGCUCACGGAAGCAAGUGGCCAACCAAGUUCUGCGAUCCGGAAACCUGGCUCUCAUGAAUAGCAUUAAGGUGAAGAACGAUGUGAGAGUCAUUCGAGGGCACAACUGCAAGAAGUCUGACACUGGACGGGCUUUCACAUACGAUGGGCUUUACAAGGUGAAGCAGCAUCGGUAUGUGCGUGGCGAACAAGGCUUCUUCGUCUACAAGUUUCUUCUCGUUCGCAACCCCGGCCAGCCGCCUCUCACGACUGACCAGGUUCGCUUCAUGCGCGGCCAGAUCCCAACGAGCGUGAACAGAGCAUCAGAUGUUGUGUGCGCAGACCUCUCAAAUGGCAAGGAGAGGCUUCCUGUCCCCGUCACCAACUGCAUCGACACACCACCCAUCAUGCCACCCGCAUUUGAGUACGUCACGGAGCGCAUCAUGCCCAAUGGGCUCAAGCUGCAUGGAGGGGCACACAAGUGCGAGUGCAAGGGGGCGUGCAGGAGUGAGAGCAAGUGCGCGUGUGCCAAGAGGAACCGUGACGGCUUUCCCUACGUGCAGGGAGGAAGGUUGGUCAAAGCGCGCGGCAUCGUGAUGGAGUGUGGCCCCUCAUGUGGCUGCGGCCCAGCUUGUAAUAACCGGGUUGGCCAGCAAGGCCUGCGCUUCCGCCUUGAGGUGUACAAGACGGCGCACAAGGGGUGGGCGGUGCGGUCGUGGGACUUCAUCCCGGCGGGGGCAGUGGUGUGCGAGUACGUGGGCGACGUGCUGCCGUACGAGCGAGUGGACCACGUGGAGGACGACAUGUAUGUCAUCGGCAUCGACACCGUUCGCACCGCCAAGCUCGGCACGCAGGGAAGAGAUCCCAUGUUCGAGGACUUGGCGCAGGCCAAGGCCAAGCCGAGUGCCAAAGGCCAUCGUGCAUCGGGAAAGGCGAGCAAGGAGGGCGAGGAGCACGAGGAGGUGCACUACGCCAUCGACGGGCUGCGGCGUGGCAACGUGGCACGCUUCAUCAACCACAGCUGCUCGCCCAACCUCUUCUACCAGUCCGCCCUCUGGGACCACAAGCGCCCUGAGCUCUCCCACCUCCUCCUCGUCGCCUCCGAGAACAUCCCCCCGCUAACGUCCAUUUGUCCUCUCUCCACUCUCUCCCUGCCCAAGUCCAUCUUUCCUCUCUCUAAUCUCUCCCUGCCCAAGUCCAUCUGUCCUCUCUCCACUCUCUCCCUGCCCAAGUCCAUCUGUCCUCUCUCCACUCUCUCCCUGCCCAAGUCCAUCUGA